AGCGGGCCGGCCGGCUGGCGGCUGGGACCCGGGACCCGGAAGGCGUCGCGCCGCAGACUCCGUACAUUGAGUCACGCACAGGGGAGGUUGCAGGAGCCGCAGCGGCAGCAGGCGGGACGCUUUCUUUUGCGUGUUGGGGCUGAGCUGCGGUGUACGCGCUGCAUCCCCUGCUCCCGAGUCAGCGGGAGCCCCGUGGCCCUGGCAGUUUGGGGCCCGCGGGUGGGGGGUGGGGGCAGGUUGGCUUUCAGUGCAGUGGCAGGUGCUUGGUUUCCAGGGCAGGUUGCUGCCCUUGCUUCCCCCAAAGGAGGGGAGAGGGUGGGGUGUUUGCAGCGGCGAAGAGGCCCGAGGGGGAAUCCUCCAGCACAGCCGCAGCCACCAUGGGAGCUGAGCAAAGUGCAGAAGCUGAGAACCGGCCAAAUGACCUGAGCAGUUCAGCAUCUCCUUCUCCAGCCAAGCAACGAGCUAAAAUGGAUGAUAUUGUGGUGGUGGCUCCGGGAACACAGUCCUCGCGGAACGUAAGCAAUGAUCCUGAUGUGAUAAAAUUGCAAGAGAUUCCAACUUUCCAACCCCUUUUGACCGGACUGCUCAGUGGGCAGACUUCCCCUACAAACAGCAAAUUGGAGAAGCUGGACUCUCAGCAAGUGUUACAGCUGUGCCUCCGAUACCAAGAUCACCUUCAUCAGUGUGCAGAAGCUGUUGCCUUUGAUCAGAAUGCUCUAGUGAAACGAAUCAAAGAGAUGGACCUCUCAGUGGAAACUCUCUAUAGCUUCAUGCAGGAGCGCCAGAAAAGGUACGCCAAGUAUGCAGAGCAGAUCCAAAAGGUCAACGAAAUGUCUGCGAUCCUCCGCCGCAUACAGAUGGGCAUUGACCAGACGGUCCCUCUCAUGGAGAAGCUAAACAGCAUGCUGCCUGAAAGCGAGAGGCUGGAACCCUUCACCAUGAAACCUGACCGGGAGCUCAAGCUAUAGUGGCUCCAAACUCCCUUUCCUCCCCUUCUCGUUCACACAUUCAGCACAACGCUGCGCUUCCAGCACGCCUGAUUGGCAGUCCCUUGGAACAGACCGCUUUGUUGCCUGACUUUUUGCCGUCUCAGCUGCCAGAACUGUGCAUUGAAACAGUACAGCCAGGAAUAAAGGAGCUCCCUAUUCGGAUUGUUUGGAGAAGAAAAUUUACCCUUCCUUUAUCCCCAUAGCACCUCCAUCUGUACUGAAACAUGUGCUUCAUUCCUGUAACUAGAUUCAGCCUCAAAGAGGAGCGAUUCCUCCACCUGAUCUUUUUCGAAAAAAUUCAAAGGGGUAUUGGGUGUAAGAAACCCUGUAGCGUACUUUCCAGGCCACUUGAGAAGUGGACAAUUAGAUGGCUGGCAGAUAUUUACAAUAUUCCCCAGCCCUGGAAACAUGUAUAUUUUGUAGGUGAAAAUAUGGAACCAGGAACAGGCUUAUUAAAUCUGCCUGUUGUUGUAAUUAACAUGGUUUGCGUGGCAAGGAAGUUUCCCUUUCAGUUCUAGUCAGCAUCUCUUUCCUUGAGGCUCCUAUUUUUAUGGUCUUACUAAUUUGUGGGGCUGUAAAUGAAUAACUGUUCCAGUUC